AUGGAAUCGAAGGAAAUGUUGACGGAGAAACUCAUUGAGAAAAUGCCGUCGUCGGCUCUGUCGUCGAGCCAUUCCCUCCGGUGUUACGCCGGCGAGACGGCGAGAAUUUUCGAUGAAUUGCCGACGGCUAGAAUCCUGGAGUUGUCUGGCCCGGAGGCUGGAUCAAAAUUGAAGUUCAACUGGCGCUUAGUGAAGAAAGCUUCACAAGUUUUUUAUCUACACUUUGCCUUGAAGAAGCGUGCGAUUAUUGAAGAGUUCUAUGAGAAACAAGAGCAGGUUAAAGAAUGGCUUCAUCACCUUGGAUUUGGCGAUCAUACAGCUAUUGUCCGUGAUGAUGAUGAACCUGAUGAUGGAAUUGUUCCUAUAUUUACUGAUGAUAGUGUUAAGAACAGAUCUGUUCCGUCCAGAGCUGCUUUCUCUGUUAUUCGUCCAGCACUUGGCAGGCAGCACACUGUUUCAGAAAAGGCUAAAGCAGCAAUGCAAGGAUAUUUGAAUCACUUCUUGGGAAACCUGGAUAUUGUUAACACUAGAGAGGUCUGCAAGUUCUUGGAGGUUUCAAAGUUAUCAUUUUCUCCGGAGUUUGGACCUAAACUUAAAGAAGAUUAUGUAAUGGUCAAGCGUUCAUCAACAAUGCCAAAGGAGGACAUAUAUUCAAGAUGUUGCAUAUGCCAUUGGGCUGGCUGUUGCAGGGACAAGUGGGAGAAGGUUUGGGCUGUCCUGAAACCAGGAUUCUUGGCUCUUUUGAAGGAUCCUUUUGACACUAGACUCGUAGAUAUAGUUGUUUUUGAUGUACUGCCAGCUUCAAAGGAAGAUGGUAAGGUUGGAGCUUGUUUGGCAGAAGAGAUAAAGAACCGUGCCCCAUUACGUUAUGCUUUUAAGGUUUCCUGCGGAACUAGGAGAGUUAAGUUAAGAAGCUCCAAUUAUGCUAGAGUCAAAGAUUGGGUUUCAGCAAUUAAUGAUGUUGGUCUGACUCCUCAUGAUGGCUGGUGCAAAACUCAUCGCUUUGGUUCAUUUGCUCCUCCAAGGGGCUUGGCUGAUGAUGGAAGUCAAGCUCAAUGGUUUAUUGACGGGAAAACUGCAUUUGAAGCAAUUGCUUCAUCAGUAGAGAAAGCAAAAUCAGAGAUAUUUAUCACUGGAUGGUGGCUUUGCCCUGAACUGUAUCUAAGACGUCCUUUCAACAGUCACAGCUCCUCUAGGCUGGAUUCCUUACUUGAAGCUAAAGCUAAGGAAGGAGUUAAGAUUUACAUUCUUCUUUACAAGGAGGUUGCUAUUGCUCUAAAGAUUAAUAGUUCAUAUAGUAAAAGAAAGCUCCUUGCCAUCCAUGAGAAUAUCAAAGUGCUGCGCUAUCCGAACCGUUUCCCUACUGGUGUUUAUUUGUGGUCACACCAUGAAAAACUAGUUAUUGUGGAUCAUCGUGUUUGUUACCUCGGAGGACUGGAUUUAUGCUUUGGACGUUAUGAUACAAAUGAGCACAAAGUUGGGGAUCUCCCUCCUUCAUUAUGGCCAGGAAAGGACUACUAUAAUCCUCGUGAAUCGGAACCAAAUUCUUGGGAAGACACCAUGAAAGAUGAACUCGAGAGGAAAAAGUAUCCUCGGAUGCCUUGGCACGAUGUCCAUUGUGCGCUUUGGGGACCGGCAUGUCGAGAUGUAGCCAGGCACUUCGUUCAACGCUGGAACCAUGCUAAGAGAAACACAGCUCCAGAUGAACAUCAGAUACCACUGCUCAUACCUCAACAGCACAUGGUUAUUCCACAUUACAUGGGAAGCAAUGGGAUAGAAAUUAAGAAACAACCAGUUACAAUAGAUGAGAAUUAUUUUGGCAGACAGGACUCCUUCUCUUCUCAGUCCCCAUCAGAAGACGUCCCGUUGCUGCUGCCAAAGGAAGCCAAUUCCCUUAACUUUUCUAGCUUAGAUGAGGAAUCUGAUGGCCUAGGUUCCAAUCAACAUGAUCUGAAUCGUGUGAAGGAUAAUGCAGGAAGCCAUGAAUUAGGAGAACCAGAUCUGGGAACUUCAGAUAAUUGGUGGCAAUCACAAGAGCGAUUUUGUCAAUCUGCUUCAUUUGAUGAAAUAGGACAAGUUGGUCCUCGUACUUCAUGUAGUUGUCAGGUUAUUAGAAGUGUAAGCCAUUGGUCUGCUGGAACAAAUCGAACUGAAGACAGCAUUCAUAAGUCUUAUUGUUCUAUGAUAGAGAAAGCAGAGCACUUUGUUUACAUUGAGAAUCAGUUUUUUAUAUCAGGCCUUUCCGACGAUGACAUCAUACAGAACAGAGUACUGGAAGCUUUAUGCAACCGUAUACUCCAAGCACACAGUGAACAUAAACCAUUUAAAGUUAUAGUGGUCAUUCCCCUUCUGCCUGGGUUCCAGGGAGGCAUUGAUGAUGGUGGUGCUGCUACGGUGAGAGCCAUCAUGCACUGGCAGUAUCGCACAAUUUGCAGACCAAAGAACUCGAUAUUGGAUAAGCUAAAUGGAAUACUGGGUUGUGAAACAGAAGAUUACAUAUCCUUUUAUGGUUUGAGGACACACGGCAAACUUUCUGACUGUGGUCCAUUAGUUACAAGUCAGGUGUAUGUCCACAGUAAAGUGAUGAUUGUAGAUGAUCGUAUAGCCUUGGUUGGAUCAGCUAACAUCAAUGACAGGAGUCUACUGGGAUCAAGAGAUUCCGAGAUUGGCGUGGUCAUUGAAGAUAAAACUUUUGUAGAUUCAGUUAUGAAUGGGGAAUCAUGGAAAGCUGGAAAAUUCUCUUCCAGUCUUCGGAUCUCUUUGUGGGCAGAGCAUCUUGGUUUAUCUUCAGAGGAGGUUGAUAAAAUUAGAGAUCCUAUAAUUGACUCUACAUACCAGGAUUUGUGGAUGGAAACUGCAAGGUUGAACUCCAAAAUCUACCAAGAUGUAUUUUCCUGUGUCCCAAAUGACCAGAUCCACUCCAGGUCUGCCUUUAGACAAGCUAUGAGUCUCUCUAAGGAGAAGCUUGGGUACAACACCCUAGAUUUAGGGGUUGCUCCUGAGAAACUAGAAAUUUGUGAGGAUGGAAAGGUAGUUCAUAUGGAUCCAUCAGAGAAGUUACAGUCAGUCAGAGGACAUCUGGUUUCUUUUCCUCUGCAGUUUAUGUGUCAAGAAGAUUUGAGACCGGUGUUCAUUGAGAGUGAGUUUUAUACAUCACCGCAGGUGUUUUACUGA